CGGGGCGGCCAACUGCCGCGGCUUAGCGCGCGGCGCUUGUGGCCCGCGGCGGAGGCGGCUCAUGGCGAGCCCGGCUCUGAGCGGCUCCGUGGAGCGUCUGAAGCGCCGCUACCUGCGCGGGGAGCCGGGGCCCGCGGGGGGUGCCAGCCUUUACAUCAGGGUUGUCAGUCUGCCCCUCCUCAACCAUGGAUGCGCGUUGAUGGUUCUCUGAUGUCUAAGUCUCUUCAGUUUCUUCACUCCUCCUCCCUUGGCCAUCUGGUUUCAGCAAUGGCCUUCACACCUUAUCUUUUCCUGAUGCAUGCAUUCCUCAUUCACACAAACAGUUCUUUACAGAGACCUUCAAAAGGUAACUUGGACAGUUCAUCAGAUAAUUCAGUUAUUCCUUUGUCCAUAAAAUCUUCACAAUCAAAAAAUACCCACCGUGGAAGAAAGCACUAUAGCAAACCUCUUAGUGACUUGUUCAAGAGUUUCAAAAACUUGGAUUGCUUUGAUGAUGAGCUGGAUUCGCUCUAUGAUUCAAGUCAGCUAGAACUAGAGGAAGAGGUCAUUGUAAAUGUCUCUGCAACUGAUGCAGUUCCAAAUACAGUCACGUACACAUAUACAGAAACAGAUGUCACCCUACCAUCCAAUUUGGCUCCAAACACAGAAACUUGUAGUGAUCAUGAUAUCAGUAGUGGUCUGGUUAGGAAGACUGCGAGCAAGCCUGAAACUCAAGUAUUGAGUGGUCGAAGAUUAAUACCAUCUCACAUCAACCAGAUUUAUGAUGAGCUAUAUGUCAUACAUCAGAAACUGCAGCAAGAAAAUUCAGCACAGCAGGAGUAUGCUCUGCAACUUCAGAAACGAGAACAUUUUUUAGUUGAAAGAGAAGCAUUGCUUUUCAGACAUGAAGCUGCUUUGACUAAGAUAAGAGGUGUUGAAGAGGAAGUUCAUGCAAAAUUUCAGAUUAUAAAGGAGCAACACGAGGCAGAAGUUAAACAGCUGUCAGAAACCUUGAAAGAGAAGACUAAAGAAAGCAAGAGGCUCAAAUCAUCAUUUGACACCUUGAAGGAAAUGAAUGACUCUUUAAAAAAGCAGUUAAGCGAUGUAAGUGAGCAGAACAAGAAGAUGGAAGUUCAAGCAAGAAAAGUACAAGCACGUUUAGAGAAUUUACAAAGGAAGCAUGAAUUUUUAACAAUACAGAAAUCUAAAGAUGUUUCUCAAGCAAUGCAAGAAAUUAAAUCUGUGAAGCAGGAAAAAAUGGCAACAACAUCAAAAAUUUGUAAGGUACCACUUAAUUCACAUGUUUAUGAGCUUUUAAGUGUUCUUAUGGACUGGAUCUCAGAUCAAUUCCUCAAAGUGAAAAUAGAGGAAGAAGAAGGAGACAAUCACAAACUAAUGUACACCCACAAAAAUUACACACAAGAAAAGUGUGCAAAGCUUUUACCUAUCGUUGCUGAACAACUCCAGUGGAUGCCAUUUGUGAACCCUAAACUACAUAUGCCUGUAAUUAAAUUUAUUUACUGGGCUAUAAGGCAGCUAGACUGUGGGACACAGCAUUCAACUAUGACAUCAACUAUGAGGAGGCUCGGUGAAGACAUAUUCAAAGGCAUAGUAACUAAGGGAAACCAACAUGGCUCUUCUGAGCAGUCUGCUGAAAGUAAACCAAAGACAGCAGCUUUCUUUAAGAGUUCCAUUUUACCUUUGAGAUUUGUAUCAACUUUAAUUGUACUCAAAACAGUAACACAAGCUGAUUAUCUGGCUCAGGCAUUUGAUUCCCUUUGCGUGGACUUGAAGACAGAUGAAGGGAAGGCCUUGUUUUUGGAGUACCAAUCUGUGCCUGUUAUAUUAAGUCACUUAAGAAUAUCCAGUAGAGGUCUGCUUUCCAAUGCCAUUGAUGGUUUACUUCAGAUGACAAUGGAAUCUGGUUUUCUGCAGCCUUUCCUAGAAGCCUGCAGCAGUGUGUCCUUUUUCCGUACUUGUUCUGUGUUGCUUCGAAAUCCUAAACUCGAUCUACUGAUACUGGAAAAACUCAGCAUUAUACUGCAAAAACUCUCCAGAAUCAAGGCUGUGUCUCUCCCCUUGCACUCCCCCCACCACUUGAUCUACUACCCAAUCCUUCUUUCACAGCUGUGAAAACUUGCUUCAUCUAUUCCUUAAAGUUUCCUUGGACUACAUUUAAAAGCCAUUUAUCUGUGGGAAAGGAUACUUCUGCAUGGGAUCAUGUUUAUUUUUAUCACAACGCAGCAAAACCAUAGCAGCUUAGAGAGACAGCCAUUAUCACUGACAAUGUAAAGAAUCACAUUCGUGGAAUAUAAAAUACAACACACAUUUUGGUUCCAUAAAAAAUGUCAGUCUCUCCAGAACAGUGAUUUUUGAAAUUCUCUUCCCGUACUUGAAAGUAAUCCAAUGAAUUUUUGUCACUGACUAAUUUUAUAUGAACAUCUUUUGCAGAAGUAAUAAGAAGAUGUUUGAAUUGUUUACUAUUCAUCUAAUGAUCCAAGAGCUGCAGAGGACAACACAUCCAAAUCAUGCUUUUCUCUGUAUUAACCUCAAUUCAAUUCUCUUUAAUUUGGGUUUAACAAAGAGCAACUCUCUUAUCUCCAGUCUAAGCACAAGUCACUAACUAACUGUAUUUUAUUAUGGUUUAUGUUCUGUAUAAUUUGUACAAACAAGAUUAUAUUUAUUUAUAAAAACUAGCAAAAGAUAGUGCAAACUAGCUAACAAGAACAUCAAUAGCGCAUUUACUACUACUUGGGUUAGAAUUUGUCAUGUUACCCUCCCUUAUAAUCAGUGUAUUCAUUGAAAGAGAAGGUGGGAAAUUGCACAAUCUUCAAGAGGCCUUCUUUGUUUUUAAAUUUUUAAUUUAGCUGAAAUAUACUUCAGGGUUAGUGCUGUGCUGUUCUAGAAAACUGACCUGUUCAACACAACUGGCACCUGCUUGCUAGGCACACCACUAGUACCUACUUUCCUCACGAAGUUGUGAAAUAUGAGUUAACCUUAAAAAUUAAAAAUCUUCAGUGUUUUACCAACAUUUAUUAUUGUUUUUUUAUUUGUACAGGUGGCACAUAACAUGGAAACAUUAGUCUUUUUGCAAAUGUAUUUCAGGAAAAUGAUUGUUUUAAUUUACUGAAGUCAAAUUUUGAUGAAAUUGAACUUGGUGUAAAUUAGGUGUAUGUUGAAUGAGAAACUUUCUCUGGUCUGCGAUAUCCAGUAUUUGCAGGAAUUGUUGUUCACUGUUUUCUCUUUUCUUAUAUGUAUUUGCUGUACAUUGCUGUGCUUUAUUAACUCAUGAAACUGGUUUUGUAUUUUUUUAUGGAUUUUGAUUGUAAUAUAGUCUCUGAAAAUAUAAAGUAUUUCUUCAAAUUUUUGGAAUAAUACUACUACAAUUAAAAGCCAUAAUCUUUUAAUAAAACGAAUCCAUUUCCUAUUUUAUUAAUUUCCAAAAGGGCCCUAGUCAAGUCUCCUGCUUAUGCAUGCACUUUUCCAUACAUACUUUUCAAAGACUAACAGCCAAUUAAUUGUCAUUAAUAAGCAUAGGUAUUGGUACUCAAAGUACAUAUGUACACAAAAUGAGUCCCAACAAGUCUUUCAUUUCUAAUGUUUGUGUUUUGAUUAUGCCAUUCUGUGGAACUACAUGAUAUAUUCUUCGCAACUUCUUGUAAUUAUAUAAUUGAAGCUGUGAUUAUAAUUUAAGAACCUGCUUUAUAAUAAGUCUGUGUUUGAUUAACUCAGUCCAUGUGAAACUUCAUACAAGAUUAGUUUUAAUGCCCUUUGAGUUUUCUGUGCAGUUUUUGUUUGGUUUCUUACUACAAAGUCUUUGAAUUAGGGCUCUGACAGAAAUAUUUCUGUUGCAGUCUGACCUUUUGUUGACAAUGUUUUUAAAGACAUCAUUCUACACCAAAUAUGGUAGACAGGAAAUCAUGAGUGUAUCUAUUGCAACAUAUAGUUUAAAAAAAGGGGGGGGGGGACUUCAGAUAACUUUUAGCUAUUAUUCAUCAUAGCUGAAAGUUUGUGUCAGUGAUUGCUGAUGGAUUAAAUCUUUGAAUAAAAACUUCUCCAGCA